GAGCAACUGCUGAGGAGACAUGCCUCACGACUCGACGAGUCUCAUGGUUUAGUCACGUGACCAAAUGAAGAAAGAUGGCGGUUCGGUCGCUGAGUGGGGUUCGCGCGAGUGAGGUGAAUCCCAGUUUUCUUCAUGCGAAUUCAACCAGUCACACGUGGAUUUUCAGUGCGAUCGCUGAGCUGAUCGAUAAUGCCUAUGACCCAGACGUUGCAGCCACUCAGUUAUGGAUAGAAAAGCGCAUGAUAAAUGGCCAAGUCACUUUGGUCUUUGUCGACAAUGGAAACGGGAUGAACCCGGAUAGACUACAUAAAAUGCUCAGUUUUGGGUUCUCUGACAAGCAAGAGAUCCGUGGUCAUCGCCCAAUCGGCCAGUAUGGUAACGGGUUCAAAUCUGGCUCCAUGCGUCUGGGUAAAGAUGUGCUGGUGUUCACUCGCCAGAGAGGCACCAUGAGCGUUGGAUUUCUCUCCCAGUCCUAUCUACAGGCCAUCAAUGCCAAGACAGUCUUUGUUCCCAUUGCCACAUGGAGGCUACCAUCAAAACAAAUGGUUCAGACACAAGAAUGCUAUUCCAGCUUGAAAGAAAUCCUGAGGCAUUCCAUCUUCAGAACAGAGAGAAGUAUUAUACAGGAGCUGGACGCUUUAGGCUGUAUAGGGCACAGCGGAACCGAAAUUAUCAUCUACAAUCUCAAAAGGGAUCGGCGUGGAAAUCUGGAGUUGGAUUUUGAGAGCGACCCAAAUGACAUCCUCAACCCUCAGACUCUGGAGGUGGACCGCAGCAUGAUGUUCCGUCCAGUGGCUGAGCCUAGUCCAGCAUUCAGGAGAUCACUGAGGGAAUAUUGCAGCAUUUUGUACCUCAAACCAAGAAUGAAGAUAAUGUUGAGAGGUGAAAAGGUCAAGACAAAACUGGUAUCCAAGAGUUUAUCCAGGACGGAGAAAGAUGUCUAUAAACCACACUUUCUGCCAAGACCCGUGAAAAUUAUAUUUGGCUUCAGUCCCAGUAAAGUGGAAGAUUACGGAAUCCUGAUGUAUCACAGAAAUCGUCUUAUCAUAGCGUAUGAGAAAGUGGGCUAUCAAAAACAGGCUAAUGAGCUUGGAGUAGGUGUGGUAGGGGUGGUAGAACUCAACUUCCUGGAGCCCAUUCAUAAUAAACAGGACUUUAACAAAACAACCCAGUACAACUCUUGUAUCAAUGCCCUGGGGGUGAAGUUAAACGAGUACUGGAAUGAGAAGAUGAAGGGGAUAACAGCUGGUAACAGGUUAAUGGGACCGGGCAGUCGCCCUCCAGAUUGGCUGUGGGCUCAGUGUGACAAAUGCCUCAAGUGGAGACGCAUGCCCCCUACCAUCAGGGAGGGAGAGCUGCCCAAGAAGUGGUUCUGUCACAUGAACCUGGAUGCCACACACAACCGUUGUGACAUACCAGAGGAAGCUGAGGAUGAUGAGGAUAUGCUGAUGAGACCUUCCUAUGAAAAAACCUACAAGAAACAGAUGGAAGAACGAAAGAGACUAAACAGAUUAGAGCAAUUAAGGGAACUACAAAAGAGAGAAAAACAGUUACAAAUGAAAGAGGAAGAGUUGAAGAGGAUGCGAAUGAAUAUGUCUAAUGCUGCAAAUCCUGCUCAACCGACUUUGCCAAACCCCCCUGCGACCAUGGCAACCACAUCAAAUUCAGCAGAGCCGAUUGAUGUGAAACCGGAUGAGGCUGAUUUGUUGCGAGCACAGAGAGAGUUGACAGAGGCUAAGCGAAGAGAAACCCAACAGACUCAGCUUAUAGAACAGCUCCAGCAGCAGAAAGACCUGCUGGAGAAGAAACAGCGUGAUGUGCUGAAGAUAGCAGAGUCAAUCACAAUCAAGCAAAUACAAGACACGGAAGCAUCCAAUGGACCCAAUCAAACUCUGGAGUUUGGAGGGACUGGUCAGAAAAGGCCAUUGGACUCUGAAGAAGACAGUUCCAACAAGCGUGUCCGUGUGGUGACAUCAGAUGGGGAAGUGAUGUAUGUGGUACAGGGAGAUGACACACCCAAACCUCUGAUUGAUCUCACACUCAGUGACGACGAGGCGGAGCCAGCCAAAGCUGCUGAGGAGAGUGGGCAGCAGAAGGACACAGAGACUGGAGCAGGGCAAUCUGACAGCCUGUCCGGGGAGGCACCACAGGAGGGGUCGGCACAGCUCACAACACUCGCAGAGGAGGAGCGAGACAUCAAGCCGGACCUGGAUGAGCUGGAUAGAAGGAUACUGGAGGCACAGCGCGCCAUGGGCAUGGUGGAUGAUCCGGAGGCUGCUAAGUCCUCUGAAUCGGCACAAGCUGAGGGUGAAACGCAAGGCAUGGACACACCCAGUGCGACUGAUGGGGAGGACAAUAAUACUCAGGCAGCAGAGGAUUCUAAUCCAACAGCCACAGAAUCCCUCACUGAAGCAGGUGAUUCGAAUGCUGAGCCCAAAGUGGGUGAGGCUGGUGGUGGCAGUGGUGAGGAAUCAGAGCAGUGUGUGAAGGCAGCAGGGACAGAUGGGGAGGGGGAUGAGGCUAUGGACACAGGGGCAAGCGAGGGAACAGAAGAUGCCGAGGGGAACGCCAAGACAGCCAACACAGAGACGCUGUCUGAAGCAGGGAAAGAGUCUGCAGCAGGUUCAGCUGCAGGUCAACUGGACGAUGUGGGCGAUGACGACUUUGGUGGCGAUUUCCCGGAGGAUGACGAGGGUGAUGAGUUUUUGAGAGACUCAGAAACUCCCAAUGACCCCGAGAGAGCAUCAUCAAGGACAUCCAAGGAGAGUAGGGAGGGAAAAGGUCAGGAAGGGGAUAUGGAAGAUCAGAAGUCCAACGGAAAUGAAGACUACUGUCAAAACAAAGAUGACAAUGGCAGCGAGGAGAAAACAUCAGAGCAACUAAAAGAGGAGGAUGAUGACAAGAAAUCUAAUGUCCCUGAAAGUGAUGCUAAAGACAUGAAAAGUGAAGAGAAAACGGACAGUAUUAAAGAUGAGAAACUUAAUGUGAAAUCUCUCACCAAUGGAGAAGCAGCGGGUGGGAAAGGUCCACACUUUGAGAACAAACCUAAACUGAGUAAGAUUGUGAAAACACGAGGAGUUCAGACGUUACCUGUGGAAAUUAAGGGCAUGUUGACUGAUUCGUAUAACUUCUCCAAACUAGCCCCAAGUGAAAUUCAUCAUUUGCUAGUGCAGAGGACAAAUGAACUGGAGGGACUGCGGAAAAAUGUGCGUGAACUGUUGCGAAUCAUUUUACCAGAGGUGGACUUGGGCACCCCAGACUCCAUUGACCUGGUGGUACAGGAAGUGAUUCAAGUGAACCAAACAGAGGCAGCUUCUUCCGGUCCUCCGAAGUGAGACUUCAAACAUCUGCCACACUAAAUCCUGUCAUAGUCAUUUUGUUGUCGUGUCAAGUCUCGCAUCAAGUGAGUUGACAGCGACAUAAAGUCAUCACUCAAGUCAUAGUUAAUAUAUGAUCAUGCAUUUACCAUAGCUGUUUUUUUUAAAGUAACAUGUCACGUACCUCAAACAUGUUUUUGUCAUCAGAAUGUUCAGGUCACUCAGUACCAAAUUAGCAAGUUCUCAAAAUAGAGUGUGAAAGUUUCUAGUUCUAGUUUGCAUUUUUUAUUUCCAAAUUCAAAAGUUAGAAAGGAUAGAUGUGUUGAAUUUAUCUGAAGAUUACAUCUUGUCCGGUGGAAAUGUUGUCGUGUGAAGGUUUCAAUUUGUUGUCAAUCAGUCAACCAGUGCUGUAGAUACAUGUAUGUCCAUUUUAGCAUCCCUCACACCAGAAUGAAGAGAUUUUUGUUUUUGAAAUUUCCCAUACAUGUAUCAUGUCAGUCCUGUGUAUGAAAGUCACAAAAAAAUGAAUUAGGAACAUUGUUAAUCUCAGAGACCAGUUUUGCUCAGAUUAGAAUAACGAAGAAGAAAUUUUUCAUGUAACUCUGAGAAUUGGAGCCAGUCAAAGUAUUCUUCGAGGACUGCAUUUGUAUCAUGGAGGUAAUCCUGAUGAUGGCUCAAAUCUGGCGACACAAAUACAGUUUGACAUCAGUUAAUACUCAAAGUUACCUUUGUUCUGUUUCAUGAAUGCUAUACUAGAACGCCUUCCGUUUUUCUGAUGUUCGACAAGUCUAACAUCACAGAAAUAAUAAAUUUGAAAGCAUAAUUCAUCCAUCCAAGUGAUAAUUAUUGGAGAGUAAGUGAUCAGAAUGAAAACGAUCGGUAGAGCUCGUGAAACCAUGAUGUCAGUUGCAACUUGCAUGUACCCUAUUUUUGGUCACAGGUUUGCAAACCCUACAUUCAUUUUUCAGAUGAGGACUUUAGAUUUUACACAUACAUCACCAAAUA